CGAAUGCCAGAACGGCCGACAGCGUGUCGAUUUCGAUACCGCGCGGUUACGGGAAGCAGUCAGUCUCUCUGUUCAUUCCACCGGACUAACAAGUCAAUUUCAAACAGGUACACUUUCCCGCUUCUUUUGUCAAAUAAACCGGCCCAACCAUGGAUGAUGGUGCUGCCUCCACUGGUGUGAUCGUGAAGAACAAGCCGGGCGCAAAGCCGCUGAACAUCGUCGAUGACUUCAACCGUCGCAAGAUGCCGCUCUACAAGCACUGGGUUCGCCCACAAUUCUUGCAGUACAACUACAUGUACGACUACCGCGUGAACUACUACGAUGACGUCAUCGACUAUCUGGACCGACGAUCACGGGGCGUUGCCUCGGAGAUCCCUCGCCCCCAGACCUGGGCCGAGCGUGUCCUGAGAACGCAGAAGACCGCCACUCGUGACAUCAACGAUGCGUACAACUACACCAGCAUCAGCCACAAGAAGGACGACAAGAAGCUUAUGUACACGCUAAGUAAUCAGAUCAAGUCGUACAACUGCCACUCGAAGGCAUACACUAACAGAAAGUACCGCAAGAUCCUCUAAAAACAAUGCGUUUCCCAUCCUGCUUCUACCAAACAAAACCAGAAGAGCAAAAAACAAAAAAAACCUCUCCAAAUUUGAUACUCUUACCCUUCUCUACCGUUGGCUUAGUUAGUUUUUUUUUAACUAAAUGAAAAACUAAUAACAUCCCGUUUUGCAAUAAAAAUGCUUCCGCUUGCUUAGCUUACGAAAUGCACUUUGUAAAUUUUAUAUAAAAAAAACGUUGAAAAAAAACGAAAAAAUAUGUCCCGUUUUGUUUAACCCUUCUCACUGAACGACCCCUUAGAAAGUAUUAAAAAAGACAAAAAAAUAUGAACAAACAAUGAAAACGAACGUGAACCUUAACGCGCACCACAGCAACACACAGAGAGACUCGAACGAAAACGAAAGCUUGUUGCCCCGAAACCCUGUCCCCGUAAAAAACCGAUCCUUGGAAGGUUCUCUUUCGAAGUUUGCUGUAAAACACUGUUGCAGUGUGCCAUGAAAAAUGUUCGAAAUGCAGGCCCUGCAUUCCUUCUCCCCCCACCCCCUCGCUUUACCUUGUACCUCGAACCCACUCACAGGGCAGUGCCAAGUUGCUGUAAUGCCCUUUGCGUGUGCGUGUGGGCGCCCUUUGGCACAUACACGUUACAGAGUUAAGUCAUAUGUUUGCGAGUGUGUAACAUGUAUCAUAGUAGCCUGAGUAGUUUGAAAAAUCGUGUUUUGUUUUGUUUCAAUGGAUUUAUUUUUAUUUAUUUUUUUCUACCCAACAAACCUUCCUACCUUUUUACGCUAAGUAGGCUUUACUUGCUUAUUAACUGCAGUCGAACACAAAAGGGGGUGAACAUGAACACGCCCUGGUUCGCUCGCGCGCGCUACAACUAUGUAACCUGACAACAACAGCAACAAAACAAGCCACCCUGACCCGGUGAAAGUUUACCCCGUUCUUGCCAAACAGUGAUUUGGUACCGCCAUUUUCUCAACGAACCGGGUACAGGGUGGAGUUUUUUGUGUGCUACCGCUUUUUAGUUUGCUGCGUUAUUUUCGCUUUUUGAGAUUCUAAUAUGCUUGGUUGAUUUAAAAAAAAAAGAUGCUUUUAAAAUUAUUAGCUCGAUUACUAUUUCCUGUCUCUUUCAUUUUUUUUGUUCCAAACUUUCCCUGAUGGUGCAGGAAAAAGUCGACCCCUGGUAAGGCUCUAUAUGAGCUCUACUUACCGACGGUGGUGAUCGGUUAGGAGUGAUCUUCUGCCUAUCCGGCCUAUCUGUGCCAGAGCUACCUGAGCUACACCUGAGACACACUUGACCUUCACACCCAAUUCACCCUCUUACGAAUAGAACACCCAAAACGCUCCUACCACAACGAAUUUCAAUAAACGAAAGUAACUCUGAAACCUAA